UUUAGUAUUGUAAUCCAUAAGAGCAUCUUUAUCCAUGGUUGCUAGUGGGUUGCUUAGGCUAAUAUUGGAUUAAAAGAAAAUAAAAAACCCAAAUUAACAAUAACAACGUUGCUUAAUUAAGCCCACUCAAGCAACCACGCUCUUGGACACGUGUUGGGACGAGAGAUGAGAGAGGAGAGAGGGGUCGUCGAUUUCGUUUCAUCUCACGGUUCUUUCUCACUCUAUCUUUCGAAACCUCUCGACCGAAGGCGAUUCGGUUUCUCUCCGUGCCUCCUCGACGGCCACGGCGAUGGACCGCUCUCUCUCGGUGUCUCUCGUCUAACGCAUGAACGCUGAUUCUCUCCUUCCUUGUGGGUCUCGUCGACGGCGAGGACCUGCUAUCUCUCUGUGGCUCUACGGGAAUGUAAAGUUCGAUACCGUUUCUCACAACGGCGACGGAGGAGCUCUCUGUUGGUGGGUCUCCUCGUAUCGAUCAGUGCUCAAAUCUCUGUCAUCAUGUUCUGUGGAAAGAGACGUGAGGAAGGUUCAUCGAACAAAGGACUUCAAUUGCUUCUCAGAGACAGCAAAUUUUGUUGAGCUUCUUAAUAGCCAACAAGACAGUGUCUUCCAUUGUGAAGCUUCCAACUUUGGUGUAGAGAAGGGAACAGAGCGUAAAGAAAGAAGGGCAUGGACGCAUUCAGAUGAUGUUGUGCUUAUCUCCGCCUGGUUAAACACAAGCAAAGAUCUUCUAGUAGGGAAUGAGCAAUGUUCGGGUGCUUUCUGGAAGAGGAUUGCAGCAUUUUAUGCGGCCAGUCCGAACAUUGCACCCGGUGAGGAGAGAGAAGCAAACCAGUGCAAGCACCAUUGGCACAAGAUCAAUGAUCAAGUUUCCAAGUUUAGUGGAUCGUAUGCAGCUGCAACAAGAGAGAAGACAAGCGGCCAAAAUGAGGUUGAUGUUAUCAAACAUGCUCACGAGAUCUUCUACAACAACUACAAAAAGAAAUUUACCCUUGAACACGUGUGGAGGGAGCUUCGCUAUGACCAGAAAUGGUGUGGCGAUGAAGGCGGCAACAAAAGGAAGAAUCUUGGUGAUGGUUCUCAUUCAGCAAGCGAAUCUGUAAACGCCCAUGUUGAUGUAGAUGAUGACGGAACGAACCGACCCCCGGGUGUUAAGGCAGCAAAAGCCAGUGGGAAGAAGAAGCCGAUGGUCGAGGGGAAGGAGGUGUCUGAUUUUCAUUCUAUGUGGGAGCUGAAGAAAGAGGAUUUGGUUCGCAAGGAGAGAGUAGUUAAGUUAAGGUUACUUGACAAACUCCUUGGAAAGAAAGAACCACUAAGUGAUGCGGAUGAAGGUCUGAAGACUAGGCUCGUUUCUGAGCUGAUGCCUAAUUAGACGCAUCGGAGUCACUUGUGUCAUGGAGUGUACUGUUUGUUCCAGUUGUGUUUGAUGAACUUGUCACGGACUGUCUUGUUUCACCUCUUGUAGUGUCACGGAGUGUUGUAGUGUCUUGUACUCUUGUUUUGUAGUGUCACGGAAUGGUGUGGCAAAUACGAUGGAUGCUCGAGCAAGAAUUCGUGAUAAACCAAUGCAUGAACAACUGAAACAUGAUCUGGUUGAACAUAUACGGCGUCAAUUUGAGGAUGGUGAUGGCAACAACUAAGCUUAGAUGCUUCUUUCAAAUAAUUAUCGCUUAUUUUACUAAAUUGUUGUUUCAAGUUUUUAAAAAAAAAAUCUAUGUUUAAAAUGUUAUCUUUUAUUAUGUUUAAUGUAAUAAAAAAAUAAAAAUUUUAAUAAAAUUUGUUAAAAAAAAUUAAGCAACCAAAUAUAAGAGACUUGCAAUGGAGGAGCAAAAUAAUGAAGUUGCUUACCCAAGUCUCUUAGCAUAAUUUACUUCUUAAAUACUACUAAAAUAUUACUAAGCAACCCAUAAUGAGUUGCAAGGAUAAAGAUGCUCUAACAUUCUCAAGUCAACCUGAUCGUCGCUAAGCUCUUUAGCUAUAAUUAUCGUGACUCGAAAUGUUUAAUUGUUAUUAAGUAACAGAGGUACACGAAAUUUUGAAAAGACUUGAUAUAUAAGAGGGGAAAAACACACACACAUGAAACAAUGGCGAUAUUUGGCCAAGGAUAGUCUUAAACAACAACAAACUGAAGUCACGUGAAUAUAACAUAGAAAAGAUGAACCGUUGUAUGAUAUAACAGAGAAA